GCCAUAGCUAGUGUUUACGCCCAUGGUCUCAUACCUAGUGUAGCUUUGUUUUGUUAGUUAUUCGUACUCUGUUUCAUAGAAAUGAACAAAUUAUUAGAACCGGUUUGUGAAACCAAUCCGUUAGUAUAUUUCGAUAUUACUAUUGGCGAUGAAUUUGCCGGGCGAAUGGUAAUUGAGCUAAGAAAAGAUGUAGUACCAAAGUCAGCGGAGAAUUUUCGAGCUCUUUGUACAGGGGAAAAGGGCAAUGGCCAAUUAGGCAAGCAAUUGCAUUACAAAGGAGUACGAUUCCAUAAAAUAGUUCGGGUGUAUGUGGCACAAAGCGGAGACGUAGUCAACAACGAUGGCACCAGCGGAGAAAGCAUAUAUGGCCCCGUUUUCGAAGAUGAAAACUUUACCCUGCCGCAUGACGAAGGUGCAAUUAGUAUGGCUAAUUAUGGUGAGCCCCACACAAACAAUUCUCAAUUUUUCAUCGUAUCUGUGUCGUGCGAUAACCUUGAUGGAACAAACGUGGUUGUUGGAAAAGUACUCCGAGGUUUGUCUAUCAUUUCCGAUAUGGAACUGGUUUCCAAUGAUGAUGGUGAACCGCAAGAGAACGUUAUAAUCACAGACUGUGGAGAAAUACUUCCAUGGGAGGAUUGGGGUUACUUAGAUAAUGACGAGACUGAUGAUAAACUUCCGCCUUACCCUCGAGAUUGGGAUAAAAAAAUGUCAUAUUUUACAUCUGAAGAAAUGGUAACUUUACUAACUGGUAUUCGAAAUGCUGGGAACCAUUUUUUUACCCAACAAAAGUAUUGUGAAGCGCGCCGGAAGUAUCGGAAAGCAAAUCGUUAUUACAAUUUACUUCGUACACGCUUUGAAAAGCAGGAGUUUACACAUCUUACUGUAAGUGACGAAGAUCUAAAAACGUUGGAUGCUUUCUCGGUCCUGAAUCAAAUUAAUAUGGCAGCAGUCGAUCUGAAGCUUGAAAAAUAUGACAGUGCAAAGUAUGCCUGCACAGAGGCGUUACGGUUAGAUGAAGCCUGUGGUAAAGCAUAUUAUCGACGGGGCCAAGCAAACAUAGCCCUAAAGGAGUACGAAUCAGCAAUAACAGAUCUGAAUCAAGCUAAUGAAAGAAUGCCUGGAAAUAAAAGCAUAUUGUACGAACUAUCCCGGGCAAAAAAACUGCUGUCAAACUACAACCGUUCACAAAUGAAUGCAUUGAAAAAUCUUUUUAAAUAACCGAAAAGCUUUUCUAAAUAACGACAAUCCUUUAGAUAACCGAUAUGGGCCUCACAAGUAAAUAUUGUUAGAAUUAUAUUUAAUAACCUAAAAUCAAUCUUUACUCGUUUACAAA